AUGGAAUCAGUAAAGCUACCUAUUCACAAACACCCUUUGUUACCUAUAACUCGUUUCUCUUCUCGUCGCGGCGGCUGUAACGGGUGUGGAUCUAAAGGUUACAUCUACGGAGGCUACCGUUGCAACGAGUUAGGCUGUGAAACUCCUACGUUUCAUAGAGAUUGUGCUGAGUCUUUACCAGAAAUAAAACACUCUUCUCAUCCUCAUCAUCCUCUUAAGCUGAGCUUAAACAACAAAGUAUCUGCAUGUAACCAAUGUGGAAUACAUCUAGUUAAAGAAAGAUGGAUCUAUAUAUGUUUAAUCUGUGACGACUUCAAGUUGGAUUUAUAUUGUGCUAAGGGAGCUGUUCAUCUACACGAGCAUCCUCUUCAACUCUUUGAUGUAUGGAGCUCUUCUAAGCGUGUAAGACGUAGAGAGUGCAAAACGUGUAACUCUCCACUUUUCUAUGGGAAACUAUGUUAUGUAUGUUAUCAAUGUAAAGAAGUCUUCCAUGAGGAAUGUGUUGAGUUUUUCCCAGAAGCAAACCAUAGUUCCCAUCCUCAACACCCACUCAAGCUUCUUACAUUCGAAGAAGCACCUAGUUACAUCGAUGAGAAGUGUCUUCUUUGCGAGGAGAAGUUUGAUCAAAGCCUUUCAAAAGAAGUAUCACUACACACACUUCACCAUUGUGAUGUUUGUAAUUUCAGCAUUUGCACAACAUGUAUGAAAAACCCACCACCGGUUCGUGUCGUAAGCCUGACGACCCAUGAACAUCAGCUUCAUCUUGUUCCAAGACGCAUUGAUUUCACUUGCAAUGCUUGUGGGACGCUAGGUGGAUAUAGCCCUUAUUUUUGUGUUCAAUGUAAUUUCAUGAUUCAUCGGCAGUGUAUCGACUUACCUCGUGUUAUAAACAUCAAUCGCCACGAUCACCGCAUCUCUUACACCACUCGCCUUGGACAUGGGAAGUCAUGUAUAUGCAAAGUUUGUCGUAAGAAUGUGGAUGGCUUCUACGGGGCUUAUACUUGUGUCAAAUGUCCUAGUUUUGCUGUUCAUUCACGGUGCGCAACGAGAGAAGAUGUAUGGGACAUGAUAGAGCUAGAAGGGAUGCCUGAAGAAGAAGAAAUUGCGCCAUUCGAGGUGAUUGAUGAUAACACUAUAAAACAUUUCAGUCAUGAUCAUACCUUACAAAUCAACAAAGAUGGCCAUGGUCAAAUUCAACCUGAAAACGUAGUUUGUGAAGCUUGUGUCCUCCAGAUUUUAUCAGAACCGUUCUACAGUUGUAAGCAAUGUAAUUUCAUUCUCCACGAAAAAUGUGCUAACCAUCCACGGAAGAAACGUCAUGUAUACAACAAUCUGCCAUUCACACUACUCAUAUCUGACGGCGACGUUUAUCAAUGUUGGCUUUGUUUACAAGAAUUCACAGGUUUCAGGUACAAAUCUAGCCUUAAUUCUAGGAUUCUUGAUGUACGAUGCGCGGCAAUUUCAGAUACACUUGAGCACAAAAGCCAUCAGCAUUCUUUAUAUUACUAUUCAACUACAUAUACGCAUUGUAAUGGAUGCGGGAAGAAGAGAUCAGCCUAUAGAUGUGAUGAGUGUGAGUAUAGUUUGGACAACCAAUGUGCUUUUCUACCGAACAAGGUAAUGCGUAUAAGGUACGAUGAUCAUCCUCUCGUCUUAUCAUUCGGCGACACGAAUGUGGCUAGUGAGUAUUGGUGUGAGGCAUGUGAAACAAAAGUGAAUCCAAAGGAAUGGUUCUAUACUUGCAAUGAUUGUGGAACCACAUUACAUGUUUCUUGUGUUGUCGGAGACUUCUCAUAUAUCAUGUUAGGUUCUCGUAGUUCAUUAUACAAGAACACAAAAGUUGUAUCCAAUAACUCUUGUUGUAGACCAUUUUGCUUUGUGUGUAAUUCUAAAUGCAUGCUUCCUUCUAUUCUUAAGCUUUCCAAGGCCGGGGUUGAUGUAUACGUUUGUUCAUUCAAAUGUCGUCGUGAAUUUUAUCAAAGAAAGGUAAUUAAGGUCUAA